CGUAUCCCUGUUAGGACUUCCCUUCUCCCUAUGAAUACCCUGCCCUCUCGCUACCUCUGCUCCAGAACAGGGUUCCAUCAGGCUGAGAAUUCACAAGUCGUGCGACCUAGCAACCGUGAGAGAGAGGAUGGCUCGAACCAGGUGUACAGCUCGUAACUCCACUGGAAGGAAGACUCCUACCAAGAACCUUAGGGCUUUCUAUGCCGCCGCUCGUAAAACGGCUCCAGCAACUGGAGGAGUCAACCGCAAAAAUAAAAAGAAAAAAAACUGGAGGAGUCAAGAAGUCCCGCAGAUAUCGCCCUGGAACUGUUGCUCUUCGUGCUCUUGUAGCGAAAUUCGCAAGUAUCAGAAGGGCAGCGAGUUGCUCAUAAGGAAGCUACCUUUUCAAAGGCUCGUCAGGGAGAUCGCUCAAGUUUUCAAGAUUGAUCUGCGUUUCCAGAGCCAUGCAGUGCUUGCUUUGCAGGAGGCAGCUGAAGCAUACCUUGUGGGACUAUUUGAGGACACCAAUCUAUGUGCCGUCCAUGCGAAGCACGUGACUAUUAUGUCCAAAGAUGUUCAUCUGGCUAGGAGGAUCCGUGGCGAGAGGAUGUAAUUCGUCUAGAUAGACGGAUCAACAAACAUGCAUGCUGCUUUCUAUAUGAGUUCUAGGUUUAUGACGGAUGGUGGACAACAAUUUUGAUAUGCCACGGAAGUUACAUUAUUAUUACUAGUAUUAUAUAGUUGGGUGGAGUAUAUAGUAGCGUAUGCAUUGUCUAGUGCCAAAACCUUACAAAUUUGACGUGUGUUCCGCUGAACUGUAUACAAAAUUACAAAUUAUAUAUGGUUUUAUUCCUACAGCAACA